GACAGACUGGUGUUGAGGAUUCAGGCUCGGCUGUGUCUGUCUGGCUGUGUGCACCUCCUUUUGCAAGGUGUUUUAACCUGAGCUCACAUUGUCUUGCUGAAUUAUUUUGUUUCCACUUUACUUGACCGUGUCUACGAUGGAGAACGAAAUAACCCUAAUCUCAAUCUGCACGCAGACCAGCACUCCCUCUCCUCCUCCUGCUCCAGUGUCUCAUGACCCCAGCAACGACACCUCUCCCUCUCACCAUGCCCCCCGCUUUGGCACCAUCAUCCCUAACCGCAUCUUUGUGGGAGGCAUUGAUUUCAAGACCAAUGAGAGCGACCUGAGACGCUUCUUCUCCCAGCAUGGAGCAGUGAAGGAGGUGAAGAUAGUGAUUGACCGUGCUGGGGUGUCAAAAGGAUAUGGCUUUGUCACCUUUGAGACCCAGGAGGAUACAGAGAGAAUCCUUCAUGAUGCUGACAGACUGUGCUUCCGGGACAAGAGGCUCAACAUCGGCCAGGCCGUGCGCAAGCAGCAAGUGGGAGGUCACCCAAACAGCUUCUCUGUGUCCAGCCAUACUCCUGCCAUGAUACCCACCCCCUGUGGAACCAUGUACCUCACCACCCCUACAGGGUACCCCUACACCUACCACAACGGAGUGGCUUACUUCCACACCCCAGAGAUGAGCCCCUCCGCCCCCUACCACUGGCCCUCCCGCUCAGUGCCUGGCUCUCCAGUCAUGCUGACCCACCAGCCUCCACCCAUCUACCAGCAGCCAGCCUACCAUCACUACCAGGCCCCUACACAGUGUCACCCUAGUCACCUGCAAUGGAACGUUCCUCAGUCUCCAGUGCCCUCCAGCCCAGUGUUGUACAUGCAGCCCUCUGAGCUCCUGUACCAGCCCAUGGAGCAGCCCAGCGACGGGGGCUGUGUCCAGCCUGCCAUGCCCCUCAUAGAGGCCCCCAUCCCAGAGCAGCAGUUCAUCGACCACAUGGUGCAACCAGCCUACAAUCACACGUUAUCAUACUACCCACAAAGUCCAGGGGGGAUGACACCUGUGAUGAUACAGCAAGAACCAGGAAAGGAACAGAAGUUCCACGCCAUGAGGCGAGGUUACCCCUCCUCGCCGGUCAGCCUGAAGCCCAGGUACGGCCGCAACCCGCACUACGCCCACCUGCGCAAGGAGUACCGCCCAGAAAUCACCACUGACCCCUCCCCUCCGCCCGCCACCGAACCACUCAAGUAGAGUAUAUCCACGUUUCCUUUCAGCCAAUGAAACGCCCAUCUCCUCAGGCAGAAAGACCCACUUCUCUAUCUCUCCACCCGCUUCUCAAUCUCUCCAUGACCCUGUCUCCUCCAACCCUUCACACGCAUCAUAUUAUUCAGUCCAGACAACUAUGUGCUCGCUGAAUGUUCAUCUGUUUACUAUAAUUUAAUAGAAUAUUGAGAAUAUGAAUCAUUUUAGCUACUAAAAAGUACUGUAAGCACUAUGAUGUAAGUGCUCGUUCUAUCACUUCUGGACUGAAAAGGUGCAUAGCUUCCUCUGGUGUUUUUCCCACGACUCAGGGAGGGAUAACUAGCUCCUGGUACUGCAUUGUACUGUUGAACUGUUUCAUAAAUAACCCAAUGCACGAUUGAGCUUAAAGUUAAGCUAAACGAUCUUUUGUAACAAGAAUGUUCCUCAAUUGGCAUUUGUGUCAAACUUUUGCCAUGUAAUCGUUCAGAGUAUAGAAGCAAAAGGGAGCUAUUUCCUGAUACUGCUUUAUAUUGGCCUAUUGGCCAAUCACACGUUUUCUUUUUCAAAUUAGCUCUUAACGCAAAGCAAAAAAAAGUCUUAACAAAGAUUACUGCCAAUAUUAGUUCUAAAUAAAAGCUCUCUAUCUGCCAUUGAGCAUGUUUUAUCUCUUUGAUAUUAGAAUAGUCAAGAUUACUGUCUUUAUAAUGUGACUGCAAUACAUGUUGGAAAAUGUAUUUUAAAAUAAUUAGGCUGCUGUCACAGAGGAGUGCAAAUAGAUCCCUAGAGAGUUAAAUACAUAACCAGGAGAUUAUUUUAUACAUUUAGCAUUUUUAUGUAUCUCAUGUUUUCAAGAGCUGUUUCAUAUAGAUUUAGCUGUGAUUGUGAGUCUCUAAAAACAAUGUGCCCUCCAGAUGAGGGGUAACAUCAAAAUAACUCUGUCCACUGGACUGGGACCACAAAUAAAGUACAAUGAACAUCAGUCAAACAGAUUCACAUGGUCUUUCGUCGGCUUUGUGUGACGGCUGGGACAUUUCAAGAUUGGAAGGUCAACACGGCAAGCUCUUUUUGCCGCUCUUUCCUGCCUGUAAAUUAUUCGCCUCAUCUUCAUCAACUUCAAUCACCCUGGGUUCUGUCAUGAGUCACCCUGGGUUCAGUCAUGAGUCACCCUGGGUUCAGUCAUGAGUCACCCUGGGUUCACUCAGGUCUACACGGUUUGGUUACUUUUUCUCCUGCAUCCUGUCUUGGUCUGCUCCCUCAUUGGUUAUGCAUGUAUUCUGUUAAAAUUGUAUUGUAUUCUAUAACUGAUAAGCUAUGGGUGUCAGAGUUGAGGUUUAACUAAAGAAUUUAUGACAUCACAUAUUUCAUUGAGGCCUAUUUUUUAGAAUAAUUAUUUGAAUAGCUGGAUUGCAUGUACUAUGAGGUGUCUGGUUUUGUUUAGUGUGAACUGCGAUUCACUUUCAUUUCAUUAUCUUCCCUGUAAAAAUAUAUAAUCAGGGUAGAAACAUCGAUUUUUUUCCACAACGGUUCAUAAUUGAAAAGUUAUGCCGUUUUGCUCUGAAACAUACUUGUUUUCUUGUUGAGAAUUGAUCAUAGUGAAAGUCAAUGCCAGAAGAAAAGAAAUGACAGAAUCAUUUCUUAAAUAAGUGCUCCCAUGUUCUGUUAAUUUAUCAUUAAAAUAACAGUUUAGGUCAAUUUGAUUUGGUCAGUUACUAAUAAAACAGAAUUAAAGUUUGAUUUGAAAUGACAAUUUUAGGAAGAGUAUUUUGUUGUAUUCCAAGCAUGCCUGUAAUUUCUCAAUGUUCCAUUUGAAUAAACAGGUUUUACUCUUUACAUAUUGUCAUAGCACCACAUUGUCAAGUCAAUGUGUCUUGCUUUUUAAAACAUACAUAAAUGUUGAACUAUUUAUUACAAUGUUAGACGUUUGAAGUUCAGUUUGGGGAUAUUCCACCUCUACCUCCUGUAAUCCCUUUACUCAAUCUGAGGAGCAGAUCAACUAUGCUUUGCUCCAAAGUACAGUCUUUUAAAAAAUGUCAUAUUGUUUUAGAGUUAAGAUAUGCUGUUCGUCUACCCUUUUUAUAAAUGAGGCGAAGUUGUCUUGACCUUACAGUUAAGAUGUUUUAACAUCAGUGCAUGUAUGUUUUGGAUAUAGUUCUGAACACUAACAUUUGGAUGUUUACUUUGAUGUUCUUCUGCACAUUACAUUGUGCCUUGUUCUUUCUGAAUAUUGGGGGGGAUGUUUAAGACUUGUUGUGUUCAGAAGUGGGUCGUCUUGUUGGUACGAAUAAAGUUUGAACCCUUGAGAAGGA